AGAGGUUUGUAGAGAAUGAGGGAGGGAAACACAAGGAAAUGAGCCCAGAUGAGUCUUGAAGUGAUUGUGUCUGAUGAUUAAGGUGUGACACAGUGUUUCCCCUAUUUGUCAUCUAAUAAGUUUAGCAUUUGCUGCAAAUGUAUAAAUGGAACUGAGAAUUGCACAACUCCUGUCAUUAAUUCUGGUGCAUGAAAUAAUUCCCAGCCUCAUAGGCUAGCUUCCAUUUGUAGCCCGGUUUGAGCCAGAGGGCAAGAGUUGGCCCAUUCAAUUGUGAGUCACCCUCUUCCCUUUUCCUGAGGUGGGGUAAGGAGUGGGCAAGUGUAUGAGUCCUACUUUCAUAGUCCUUUGCCAGAGAGCACUCAACACAGAAUAUGUCAUGUCUGGUCACUGACACGUGUGGGAUACCCCUCAUCAACCUGCAGUUCUCCAUCAGACAUCCAUAGGGUGUCCAUAAGGUAACUUGGCUAUCACACUGUCUACCUGGACAUGGGAUCAGAUCACCCAUGUAGGCUUCAUUGCCACAAGGCUGCCCUACACAUGUUUGUACCAUCGAAAUUGAGUUAGAUUAAUUAACUAAUUAACUAUUAGUCUCCCUGAGGCCGAGUUAAUUAAUUAACUCGCACCCAACUGAGAGUCCCCCAGAGAAAUGAUUGGUGUGGGAGAUCAUACACACAUUAGUGAAAAUGUGUGUAGAGAGAAAAUAUUCUGUGUUCAAUUUGAGUAGCUUUUUAUAGUGACAAGGAAUGGUCUGUCCCUGCUCCUGGGUGUUGCUGGCCCUGGGAGUGUGCACCACUAACAUUCCCCCUCAGAGUCUCAGGGUUGCCUGGCAUCCUCCCUGCAUGGCUUCAUUAAUUUUUAGUUUUAUUUUAUUUUCAAUAUUUAUUUAUUUAUUUAUUUAUUGAGUCUGAGUCUCUGUCAGCCUGGGUAAAGUGCCCUGGAGUCAUCAUAGCCAUAGCACUUUCAAACUCUUGGGCUCAGUAGAUGGGACUGGGGAUCCCCACCACAACAUCUGGCUAGUUUUUAUAGUUUCAGUAGAGAUGGGGUAUCACUAUUGCUCAGGCCGGUCUGGAACUCCUGGGCUCAAGGGAUCCUCUUGGCUCCACCUCCCAGAGUGCUAGGCUUGCAGUGUGAGGCACCACGCACAGCCCAGUCCUUCUUAUAUUUUUGUCAUCUUUGUCCACUCCCUGCCUUUCCUUAUUAUCUCUUCUUGUGGUGUAAACCACUAUGAUAUGUCUCCGUUUGCCCUGCAGCCCUCUCUCCUGAAGUCUGGAAUUUGUCCUCUUGUGUCCUUACCACUCUGCGGUGCCAGCUAACAAGCAUCUCCACUUUCACGUGUACCAAGGGGACUUUCUCUGCUGUGAGAAACAUCUUCUCCUGGGGUCCUCACAUCUCAGAGCAGGAUGACCCUGUGCUCCCUGGGGCUCAUGGAACUUCAUGUCAUAUAUUUAACAUGAUAACUGCCACGUUGCUCCUGCCUCAGGGUGUUUACACUGGAUGUCUCUCUUUCUAGAAGUCUCCUUCCCUGAGUUACAGGAUUGACUUUUAAACAUUCGUGUUGGAUGAGGAAGAAACCCAGAUCAGGGGGAAGAGGAAAGAAGAGGAAUCAGCAAUGGCUGUUGCUCAGGGACAAUUGACAUUCAGGGAUGUGGCCAUAGAGUUUUCUCAGGAGGAGUGGCAGUGCCUGGACCCUGCUCAGAGGGCUUUGUACAGAGCCGUGAUGUUGGAGAAUUACAGGAACCUGGUCUCCCUGGGACUCUUGCUUCCUGACCUGACUGUUAUCUGCAUGUUGGAGGAAGGGAAUGAGCCCUGGACUGUGGAGACAGAAGUGAAAACACUAAGAAAUUCAAACUGGGAGGAAGGGAUCAGAGGUGUGCACUCUGGGAGGAGCUGUGUAUUGGGAAAAGAUACAAGAUACAAGCCUACUAAAGAUCAACUUGGAUUAUACAUUCAUUCCUUUUUGCCAAUUCAAGAUGAAGAGAAAAUUGAUGUAUGGAAAGAGGUUGCAAAAUCUCUCAACCAAAUAACCUCAUUUUCUCCACUGGAAAACAUUCCUUCUAAACUCAAAACCCACAUACAUAAUAAAUAUGCAAGCAGUUUUGGAAAUUCUGCAAUAGUUGCACCAGAACUGAACACACAGAUCAGGGCAGAACCUUACAGGUACAAUGAGCAUAGUGGAGCCUUUAGUGUGUCUUCAAGCCCUCCUAACCAUGGGCAAAUUCAUACUGGAAUGGAACCUCUGACCCUCAAUGAAGCCCCAACAAUAAAAAAAGAAAACAAAAAGAAACCCAUGAAAUGUGAAGACUGUGGCAAGACCUUCAGGCACAAUUCAGACCUUCUAAAACAUUGGAGCAUCCAUACUGGAGAGAAACCUUACAAAUGCGAUGACUGUGGCAAACUCUUCAGGCUAAAGCAAUACCUACUUCUACAUCAGAAAAUUCAUACUGGGGAGAGAUCUUUUAAGUGUGAUGAGUGUGGAAAACUCUUCAGGCAAAAUCAUCACCUAGUUCGACAUCAGGUAAUUCAUACUGGGGAGAAACAUUUCAAAUGUGCUGACUGUGGGAAACUCUUCAUGAGAAAGGAGCACCUAAUUCGACAUCAUACAGUUCACACUGGGGAGAAACCUUAUAAAUGCAAUGCGUGUAGCAAGGUCUUUUCUCAAAAAUCAGGCCUUAUAGCUCAUCACACGAUCCAUACAGGAGAGAAACCUUACAAAUGCAAUGAGUGUGGCAAAGGCUUUUCUCAAAAAUCAGGCCUUAUAGCUCAUCACACGAUCCAUACAGGAGAGAAACCUUACAAAUGCAAUGAGUGUGGCAAAGGCUUUUCUCAAAAAUCAGGCCUUACAGUUCAUCACACAGUCCAUACAGGAGAAAAACCUUACCAAUGUAAUGAAUGUGACAAGGCCUUUGGACAGAAGAUAAACCUUACAUUUCAUGAGAAAACCCAUACUGUAGAAAAACCUUAUAAGUGUAAUGAAUGUAGCAAGGCCUUCAGACAAAAGUCAUCCCUUAGAGUUCAUCAGAAAACACACACAGGAGAGAAACCUUACAAAUGUAAUCAAUGUGACAAGACCUUCUGUCACAAGACAUCUCUUACACGUCAUCAGAAUACACACACUGAAGAGAAACCUUACAAAUGUAAUCAAUGUGACAAGGCCUUCAGACAGAAGAAAUCCCUUACACUUCAUCAGAAAACACACACUGUGGGGGAGAGCAAGAUGGUGGCUGAGUAACAGCUUCCUUGCAUCUGGGCACCAUGAGUCUGGGGAGAUAAGACUCCAGGCAUCUUUGGCUGGUGGGAUCUGCCUAUAAUCAUCCCUUUGAGGAUACAGGGAGUCAGCGAGAGACUUCUGGACCUGAGAGGAGGACAAAAACCGUGGAAAAUUGGCAAGUAAUCGCAUGUGUUUGAUCGGUCUAAUCCCACUGACAGCUGUAAGUGCAGUAGCAGCGAGACUGCAAACCAGAAAGGCCUUACCUGUGAACUGUUUUGGUCUUUUUGGACUUGGAACUCAGUUGAACUGCCUUGGGGAGAGCUUGAGUGCCGCACCCUCGGCACCAUGCCGCAGCGAGGUGGCGCUGUCCGCGUUGUAAAACGACGGAAAGGAGGUCUGUGCUCCCCGGAGCGAAGCCCCCAGCACCCCCAGUGUGCACAGCAACAGAAAUGUUGCCUAGCAUGCUGUUUUUGUCGCAAAAACUCAAGGGGUAUGGCUUCUUGUGAAAGAAUACUUACUUAUUAUGCUGAAUGUCUGUUUGUCCUGAUAAGUAAGCAAUAAGUCUUGUCAGAAUGAACACAAUAAUAGCUGGUCCAGAAACAGCACAAAAAGUGUGACUGUGCCAGACUCAGUGGCUCCAAGUAAGCCUGCACAACAGCAUGUUCCCACCAUGAAUGUCAGUGGGCUAAGACAAUGCAGGCACAGCAAACAAGACGUUUAAACAAGAUGUUCCAACACGACAUGCACUAUCACCACCUGCAGUAAAACUUUACUUAGAAAAACAUCUUGCUUCACUAAUUUUCAUAUGUAAUACAAAUCAAUAGAGUAGUUUAAUGUUUGACAAUCAAUUAUGAAUCAAAGUAUAGUUACUAAUAAGAGUAAAAAUAUAUAGAAUAUAUAUAGAAGUAGUCAAGCAUUAUACAUAAAAGAAUAUGUUCAGCUGUUUUAAAAAGAUUAUAAGAAACUGAAAAGAGUUGCAGGACUGAGAAGAGUUGUAAGCCUUGACAUUCCUAAAGAGGGAGUAAGCAGGUGUUACUGAUAAUCACCUCCCUCCGGAGAGCAAAACCUUGAAAACAUGUAAUGCAUGAUAAACCGCAUAUGCAGACACAAAGAUAAUUUACAAGCAUAAGCAGAAUGAAGAUUGCAUUGUUUGAACCUUGGAAAGAAAAUGUAUAAAUACCAACAUAUACUCUCAGUAAAAUUUGCAGCUGCAUACUUUAACCCGUAGUGUGCCAGACUGUCAUUCCUGCGCCGACCUCUCAACUUUCCUCGUUCCUUC